UUUUAGGGUGGUGGGGGGAGGGCGCGUCUCGGCGAGUCACGAUGAUGGCGGCCACCAGCCUGUGGUGAGCUAGCGGAUUCUCUGCUGCUCCCGCAGAGCCCCUCGCGCUUCCUACAGACCCAGUGGCUGGUAACCGGGCGCGUGAGGAAGCACGGCGGCCCGAGCUCGCGAGGAAGGCCGCAGUCGCGGAGGCAGCGGCGCGGCCGGGAGCCAGGGCUGGGGGAGAGGCCGCUCUGCAGGGCGAAUGUGACAAGCCCCCACCCCCACCGCCUUCCUCCCGAGUGCGCGAGGAGCGCGGGCGACCCCGGGGCCCCGCCAGGCCACAGACCCCGCCCAGCGGCCAGCACCCGGAGCAGGCCCGGCAGCCGAGCUGCGCGACGGCACCAUGCUGGUCACCCUGAAGACCCUCCAGCAGCAGACCUUCAAGAUCGACAUCGACCCCGACGAGACGGUGAGAGCACUGAAAGAGAAGAUUGAAUCCGAAAAGGGUAAAGAUGCCUUUCCUGUAGCAGGUCAAAAGUUAAUUUAUGCAGGCAAAAUCCUCAAUGAUGAUACUGCUCUAAAAGAAUAUAAAAUUGAUGAGAAAAACUUCGUGGUAGUUAUGGUGACAAAACCUAAAGCAGUGACAACACCAGCACCAGCUACAACUCAGCAAUCAAAUUCUGCCACCACUACCACAGUUAGUUCCUCCACAGCACCGGCUGUGACUCAGGCCCCAGCCCCUGCCCCCACUUUGGCUCCCGCUCCCGCACCUGCCUCUGUCACUCCAGCAUCAACGACAGCAUCUUCCGAACCCGCACCUGCUAGUGUAACAAAACAAGAGAAGCCUGCAGAGAGGCCCGUAGAAACACCAGUGGCCACUACCCCCACAUCGACUGACAGUACAUCAGGUGAUUCUUCUCGGUCAAACCUUUUUGAAGAUGCAACAAGUGCACUUGUGACAGGUCAGUCUUACGAGAAUAUGGUAACUGAGAUCAUGUCAAUGGGCUAUGAGCGAGAGCAAGUAAUUGCAGCCCUGAGAGCCAGUUUCAACAACCCUGACAGAGCAGUGGAGUAUCUCUUAAUGGGAAUUCCUGGAGAUAGAGAGAGCCAGGCUGUGGUUGACCCCCCUCCAGCAGCGAGCACUGGGGCUCCGCAGUCUUCAGUGGCUGCAGCUGCAGCAACCACGACAGCAACAACUACAACAGCAAGUUCUGGAGGACACCCUCUUGAAUUUUUACGGAAUCAGCCUCAGUUUCAACAGAUGAGGCAAAUUAUUCAACAGAAUCCUUCCCUGCUUCCAGCAUUGCUACAACAGAUAGGUCGAGAAAAUCCACAGUUACUUCAGCAAAUUAGCCAACAUCAGGAGCAUUUUAUUCAGAUGUUAAAUGAACCAGUUCAAGAAGCUGGUGGUCAAGGAGGAGGGGGAGGAGGUGGCAGUGGAGGAAUCGCCGAAGCUGGAAGUGGUCAUAUGAACUACAUUCAAGUAACGCCUCAGGAAAAAGAAGCUAUAGAAAGGUUAAAGGCAUUAGGAUUUCCUGAAGGACUUGUGAUACAAGCAUAUUUUGCUUGUGAGAAGAAUGAGAACUUGGCUGCCAAUUUUCUUCUACAGCAAAACUUUGAUGAAGAUUGAAAGGGACUUUUUUUUUAAUCUCACACUUCACACCAGUGCAUUACACUAACUUUGUUCACUGGAUUGUCUGGGAUGACUUGGGCUCAUAUCCACAAUACUUGGUAUAAGGUAGUAGAUUGUUGGGGGUGGGGAGGGAGGGUCUAGGAUAUAGGGCAGGGAUAAAUACAGUGCAUGUCUGCUUCAGCUAGCAGAUGCCGCAAAUCCACACAGUGUGUACAAUAUUAUACAACCAAAAAUCAGCUUUUGCAGGUCUUUAUUUCUUCUAUAAAACAGUAGUUAACUUUUCCUAGGUUUCACUCUUUUUAGUGUACUAGAUCCAGAAAUUUAGUGUAAUGCCCUGCUUUAUAUUUCUUUGACUUAACAUUGGUUUCAGAAAGAAUCUUUGCUACCUAGAAUCUACAGUCCCUAUUUUAUGGCAACACUGGAUAAUGGCUGUGUGAAAUUGGAAAAAAAAAAUGGGAGUGACUGUAAACAGAAAUGCCAAAUUAUUGAUGGUUAUUGUUGCUGCUUCAAAUAAGUAUAAAAUUAAUGUGUAAGAAAGCCCAUUCUUUCAUGAUAAAUAUUUGGGGUUGAAGGGGGGAGAUGGGGAACAUUUUCUUAAGAUGAAAAUAAUUAACUGCUAUUUUAAAUUUCUUGAUCAUUGAAUGUGAGACCCUUCUAACAUGAUUUGCAAAGCUGUACAAGUAUAGGCAGAGUUAUUUUUCUGUUUACAUUUUUUUUUUUUUUGGUUUAUUUUGGGGGGUAAAUUGGUAGCUGCCUAAUUACUGUUUACUUCAUUGUUAUAUUGCAGUAAAAAGUUAUAAAAAC